CCAUAUCCAAGUUAGACUGCGGUGGGCAUUACCUUAAACAGAAUUGUUCAGAUGCACCACACGAGCCCUAAGCGUUGAAUGACGCACCGCACGACACCACCCCUCCAUCAUCAGCAUAUAAAAAGCACUGCGGGACCGAGCACAACUCACUCACUGCAGCGAGAGCACCAGCCGUCCUGGAUGAUACCAGCCAGGAGCAUGGAGGUGAACACAACUGAUAAAGCUCUUCUUUCAGUUGUCGGCACCGCGACGCUCUCCGGUUGCAGCUAUCACUCCGAAGGCACCGCAGUUGACACGCAUUCGCAGUGCGCGUCACACUGGAGACAUCCAGAGCCAAAGGCGCGAGUGGUGCGCUCCUCCAGCACCGGGAUGCGCCCCUCGUCGUCUGAACGCAAACCUAGGAGAUCUCUAGAUCCCUUCUCCGCGUCUCAGCUCCAUAAAACAAAGCAUAUGAGAUAUGCGAGUAAAAACGACGAGCUGGUCAGCAUAAAACCCAGUCACUACCGGCGCAUAGUUGUGCUCGGCGCGCCCCGAGUCGGUAAAACGGCGAUCAUACGCCGCUUUUUGGGUAAUGAUGGAUUCGAGGAACAGUACGAGCCAACGACCGAAGACUUUCACAGCAAACUCUACCACAUCCGAGGAGAGAGAUACCAGUUAGACAUCCUAGACGCGUCCAAAGAGCGAGACUUCCCGGCCAAACGAAGACUGUCUAUUCUGACAGGUGACAUAUUCCUGCUGGUGUUCAGCGUAAUCGACCGAGAGUCGUUCACGGAGAUCUGCUCGUUACGCGAGGAGAUAGUCACUGCCAAAUCCAAGCUGAGCAAGUCCAAAGAAAACAGACCGCUUCCGAUAAUAAUCUGUGGCAAUAAAACUGACUUAAACUCCUCGAGAGCUGUGCAGGACUCCGAUGUCCGCCAGUCCCUCGGGGAGGAAAGUGUCCUCUUUGAGGUGUCUGCUAAAGACUGCACCAACCUGGAGGAGAUGUUCGAGGCCCUGGCGGUGCUGGGAGGACUCCCCACAGAAACCAGACCCUCUCUCCAUCGAGACAUCUCCAUCCACACGUAUCAAGCGCUGAGCAGCAGAAAGCGAAACAAAAGAGCCAUGAAAGAGCCGUGUGGCGCGGUGCACCCGCUCGCCCGCAGACCGAGUUUCGGUAGCGAUCUGCGGCGCGUGAUGGGCCCGAGCACCCCUAAACGAAGCACACCUAUUGAGAGGUGUCAAAUACAGUAAAAGAGUAACGUUAGGGACUCUGUUUCAAACCCAUGAAUAAUAAUUAUUCAACGACGUAAGAAUUAUUAAAUUCUAUAAGUCCCUGGCUGGACCAUGGGGCAGAUUCUACACAAUGACAAAGUAUUUGUGAAAUGUAUUUAUUAUAACCCUGUUGGAAAGUCGGGCUUAAUAUGGUAUAGCUAGUCAAAACUAGUCAUUAUCAGGUGUAAACUGGUUCAUAAAAUGGUAACAAACCAGCAACUUUGAAUCUUGGUCAAAUUAGUUGUUUAUUUUUUUGCACAAUGAGGCAAAUCAAGCACAAUCUAGAAAGAGGUAACCUGACAUUGUUAUCCUAAACAGUUUUUUUUUUCUAAAUUAAUGUAUUUAGAUUAAUUGACCAAUGCAAACCCAGUUAAUAUUGAUGUUACCGUUAUCAGUUUACCUUGGUUAUAGCUGGUCUAAACUGGUUCCAAAACAGCUACCGACUUGUUUUUCCCAAUGGGCAAAUGUUGUAAAGAAAGUAUGCAUGUUUUCUUUAUACUGAAUGUAUUACCUCAAAUGUGUUUUUAACAUUUCUUAUAACUAUAAAAAACGCAGUGAUUCUUGAUAAAAGAUCUGUUACUUCAGAUUCGUUUCCACUUUGUCUUGUAUUAGACAAUAAAAGAAUCAUAAAAAAAGUUGUCUGAGAAAUAAU